GAUUGCAAACGCGCGUACGCGAUGGAUGUUUUCAGAAAUGGAGACCGUUUUUAUGAUUUUGAAGAUGUUUUGAAGAAAAUAAGGGAAUACGAAAUAGCUACCAAUACUAAUUUUUAUCGGAGAGACUCAAGAACUAUAGCAGCUGCACGAAAAAGAGGAAUAAAACGGAAUAUUAAGCCAGAAUUGCUAUUUUACUCUAUUACCUUUGCAUGUAUACAAGGAGGUAAAACGCAUAAAAAUUGUUCCUCGGGAAAAAGACCAAAUCAAAGGACAUUUAGGCAGCAUUGCUCAUCUAGCAUCAGUUUCCUGUUGUCAAGUGAUGGACACUACCUAGAAUUGAAGUCUAUUAACAAUGAACAUAAUCAUGACACUUCUGAGGCUCUGUUUAAACAACUGCCAAGAGAAAGAAGACUUCCAAAGGAAAUGACUAAGGAGGCAGAGUCCUUGAUCUCUCUCAAAGUAAACAAGAAGCUGUUGAGAGACCAUCUUGAACAGAAGACUGGGAAAAAAGUAUCACUCAAAGAGAUCACCAAUUUGCAAACAAUUAUCAAAAACAGAUCAAAAUGUCAUGAUGUUGCUAGCUUGGUAAAGAAACUCCUCAUUGACCAUGGAACAAUAGUUGAAUUGUUUGCAUCAGAGGAUAAUGUUUUGCAAGGUUUGUUUUACCAGGACAAGGAAAUGCUGCAAAACUUUGAAAAUUACCCAGAAAUUCUCUUCAUUGAUUCUACAUUUAAGGUGAAUAAUCUAAGAAUGCCUUUAUAUGUCUUUCUUGUUGAAGACAGUAUGGGACAGUCAGAAAUUGCUGGACUUUGUUUCUUAGCAGCUGAAGAACAGCAGCUUGUUGAUCACAUGGGGAACCUAUUCAAAAAAUUUAAUCCAUCAUAUCAGAAAAUGAAAAUGAUAAUGGCUGAUAAAGACUUUAUUGAAAGAGAGACAUUCAGAUCAGUUUUUCCUCAUAGUUCUCUACUAAUUUGUAGAUUUCAUGUACUGAAAAUAUUGGUAUUGUAAAAGAUGUAAGCAAAUCAAUAAAUAAAGAUUCAUCAAAAUUAUAUUCAAUAGCAUAUACAUGUAUCAUCUUGUUCCUCAUUAUGUCUGCCAUUUUUUGCUGAAAGGGUAUCAGUUUAGUUCAGACAAUAGUAUUUUUAUUUGAUAAAGUAAAGAACAAUGAAUACUACUAGAAAACGUCAUUUGUAAUUUAUGGUUAGUAAAGCCUGUCUUACCAAAUAUUUGUGCAGACGCUUGUGAUGACAAAGGAUCUUUGUAUUUUUUCCCAAUUAAGUAUGUAUUGCCAUAAUUGUAUAGCUACUGUUUCAAUAAAAUUGAUAAGUUUCUUCUUAAUGAUUUAAAACAUUGUGGUCCUUUACAGCUUUCCAUUUUUUUUGUGUAUUUGUAUUUUUAUCACUUCUUACUAUUAUUUGAUCUUGUAUACAUGUAUAUACUAUAUAUGCUGCUAU